AUGCAGAAGCGCAAGUCCAAGCUGGAGCAGGCCCAGCUGAAGAAGCGCAUCUCCCCAAUCAAGCGCAAGUGGAUCAUGUUCCAGCCUUUCAUCAAGUCGGCGCGCAAUCAGAAAGGCAUAGAGAGGCUCGCCAGAAAAAACAGUGGCAGCAGUUCUGAGGGUUACAUUGACGGCGUUGACCGAAUUGAUCGCGCCACCUGGCGUAAGAUCCGACGCGAGAUGCUCAUUCAGCGAGGCCUCAUCAGCCGGGAGGCUAGACGCGUCCGGACUCGUUCAUCGAGCAGACGGUCUUCUCGUCUGUCCACCGAGCAGGUGUCGCCCAGAGGCACCAGGGACAAGUCCGCCCUUCACGGCGACUCUGGCUCGCCCAAGGGUAAAAAGACGAGCCCCGGAACGGCGGCAGCUGCCAAGAGAGGGGCGGCCAAGCAGACUGCACCCAAGAAGACGGCGGCGAAGAACUCCACGACCACGGUCCAGACUGAUGAGCCAAAGCAGGCCGCUGUCAAGAAGGCUACUGUAAAGAAGGCACCAGCCAACAAGUCUACGGCUGCUUCCGAGGAUGCGGAUACAAAGCAGUCCAUGAAGCAAACUGCGCGCCGAACCCCCUUGGGCAAAAGGGCCAUGACUGCGAACAAGACCGCAUCUGCUACUCAGCAAACUGAGCCAGAGCAGACCCUGCCCAACCAAGCUCCCGCUAAGGCUCCUGCCAAGCGAGGUGGCAAGGCGACAACCAAGGCUGCUCCCACCACCAGGGUGGGUGAUCAAGGCCCGGCUUCUUCGCCCGGCAAGCCUUCGGCUAAGCGCUCCGCGGACUCCGAUGACCUGGAUGGGCAGGUUCAGAAGCGCGCGAGACGCUCAACUUUUUAG